GCUGGCGCCGCGCUCGCUGGCGGCGGCCUCGAGCGCUCGCUCGUUGAUGCCGUUUUGGGGGUGAUCCGGCGCGGCGGCGGCGCCUCCAUGGUGGGGGCGUGUUAGUGGUCGCGGUUCCAGCGGACACGGAGUGCACGGCUGCGGGGCGGCAGGGCGGCCGGCCAGCGAGACCCCGCGCGCAGCUCGGAUUUCGGGGCGCUGCAGGAGACCGCCAGGGCCGCGCGGGAGCCGGAGAUGUUGGAGCUGAGGCACCGGGGAGGCUGCCCCAGCCCCGGGGGAGCGGCGGCUCCGCCGCCACCCCGCGAAGGAGAGGGCGCGGGCGGCGACCACGAAACCGAGAGCACCAGUGACAAAGAAACAGAUAUUGAUGACCGAUAUGGAGAUUUGGAUUCCAGAAUAGAUUCUGAUAUUCCAGAAAUUCCACCAUCCUCAGACAGAACCCCUGAGAUCCUCAAGAAAGCUUUAUCUGGUUUAUCUUCAAGGUGGAAAAACUGGUGGAUUCGUGGAAUUCUUACUUUAACUAUGAUUUCAUUGUUUUUCCUGAUCAUCUAUAUGGGAUCGUUUAUGCUGAUGCUUCUUGUUCUAGGCAUCCAAGUGAAAUGCUUCCAUGAAAUUAUCACUAUUGGAUACAGAGUCUAUCGUUCUUAUGACCUUCCCUGGUUUAGGACACUGAGCUGGUACUUUCUACUGUGUGUUAAUUACUUUUUCUAUGGAGAGACAGUAGCUGAUUAUUUUGCUACAUUUGUUCAAAGAGAAGAGCAACUUCAGUUCCUCAUUCGCUAUCAUAGAUUUAUAUCAUUUGCCCUCUAUCUGGCAGGUUUCUGCAUGUUUGUGCUGAGCUUGGUGAAGAAACAUUAUCGUCUGCAGUUUUAUAUGUUCGCAUGGACCCAUGUCACUUUACUGAUAACAGUUACUCAGUCACAUCUUGUCAUCCAAAAUCUGUUUGAAGGCAUGAUAUGGUUCCUUGUCCCAAUAUCAAGUGUUAUCUGCAAUGACAUAACUGCUUACCUUUUUGGAUUUUUUUUUGGGAGAACUCCACUAAUAAAGUUGUCUCCUAAAAAGACGUGGGAAGGAUUCAUCGGUGGUUUCUUUUCCACAGUCGUGUUUGGAUUCAUUGCUGCUUACCUGCUAUCCAAAUACCAGUACUUUGUCUGCCCAGUGGAAUACCGAAGCGAUGUCAACUCCUUCGUUACGGAAUGUGAACCCUCAGAGCUUUUCCAGCUUCAGAACUAUUCACUUCCUCCUUUUCUAAAGGCAGUGUUGAGAUGGGAAACAGUGAGUUUGUAUCCUUUCCAGAUACACAGCAUUGCUCUUUCAACUUUUGCAUCGUUGAUUGGUCCUUUUGGAGGCUUUUUUGCCAGUGGAUUCAAAAGAGCUUUCAAAAUCAAGGAUUUUGCAAACACCAUUCCUGGACAUGGUGGGAUAAUGGACAGAUUUGAUUGUCAGUAUUUGAUGGCAACAUUUGUUCAUGUGUACAUCACAAGUUUUAUAAGGGGUCCAAAUCCCAGCAAAGUGCUACAACAGUUGUUGGUGCUUCAGCCAGAACAGCAGUUAAAUAUAUAUAAAACCCUGAAGACUCAUCUCAUUGAGAAAGGAAUCCUACAGCCUACCUUGAAGGUAUAACUGGACCAAGAGAUGGGAAGGACUGGCAAUAAGGAAUUCUGCAGAAAAGCACUGACAGAUGAAAAUUUGUAAUUGUACAGAAAAAUGGUUGAAAAUGCAAUAGAUUGAAGUUUUACAGACAUGAAUGUUUCUUCUCUGAAAUUACUGUGAAUAUUUAACAAACACUUACUUGAUCUAAGUUAUGAAAUAAGUAGCAAAUUGUCAGCAAAAUCUCCUGUACUUUUUCCAAAGUGUAUUUUCUGAUGUUGAUUUCCUUCCCUUUACUUGCUAGGUUUCAUAAUUUAAAAGACUCGUGUUUCACAAAGUCAAAUACUAUAAAAUGAGUAAAUUGAGGUUGUCUUAAGGUUGCACCUGGCAGUGUGCCCUUUGCACAAAUAUUUACUUUUGCACUUGGAGCUGCUAUUGUAAUUUUAGCAAAAUGUUUUAUGUAAGGCACAAUAGGAAGUUAGUUCUUCUGCACUUCCUCCUCUUUUAGCCUGAAGUAUUUGCAGAAGGGCUGAGUUGGA